AUUGGCUUUUUUUCAACCUCUUAUGACUGUUAAGGUGGAAAGUUAUUCACAUAUUCAACAUAAUAUUGUGAGAAAAGGCAGAGAAAAAAAUUGCAAAGGAAAAAAUGACGCCGAAAGAAACCUGUUUACCAAAAGAGAGGAAAGAUCCGAGUGAGUAAUAAGACGGUUGUUGAGAGAGAGAAGAAGAGAAGGUAAGAGGAAGACAAGGGAAAGAUUUACCUUUCAUUUUCUUCUCAGUUGAUCUUUAGCCGUAGUUCCAGCUAUAUCUCAACCUUUUUUUUGCUUGAGAUAAAAAUUUGUUGAUGUUGGAUAGCUUUUUUUGUUAACUUGAUGACUCGCAGGACAUCAACAGCUAAACUCAAGUUCAACUCUUUAUUCACACCAAACUUUCAACUUUAACACUCUUGGAUCAUCAUUCAUCUUAACUGUUCACCUAUUUAUUUUAUUUACUAUUUACAUCAGUUAUAUUUAACUUUGUUCAACAAUUUUUCUCUAUUUCUUUGGUGUUUCGUGUUUUUUUUUGUCUGUUAUGACUUUGUCUUGUUGGAUUACUUUUCAAUACCUGCUGUUUUUAUAUGUGAAUAGUUAACACCGAUAUUGUCAUCUUUAAACUCGUCUUCUAUUGAUUCAUUGAAAAUGCUGCCAUCAUAUUUAACUCAAAUCUACCUCAUAGUUGUCAUAAUUUCAACGGUCAUCGUUUCAAAUUCAAUCGCACAGUGUCCGUGGUCUAAUGCUAAUUAUACCGAUCUUCAUUCUGAUUGUGUUUGUAGUUAUUCAAAUGUUGGAAAGUUAUCAAUCCAGUGUAGUCCAGUUAAUUUUACCCGUUUACUGGAGGCUCUUCAUUUGACAAUCAAUAAAUCAACUCCAAUUGAUGUUUUGUACAUCAACAAUGCAACAAUCGGUACUUUAACCAAAGCUACCUUCACUGGACUAGACAUUGCCAAUCUUCACAUAUCGAGAAGUCGAUUGACCACAAUUGAACCCGAUGCCUUUUCAGGCCUUGAAGAUAAACUGGUUAAAUUGAGUUUACCGGAUAACUUGCUAUCAGAGGUACCAAUUAAAUCUUUAUCAUCACUGUUGGCCUUGCGAACACUGGAUUUAUCAGUUAACAAUAUAACAUCGUUAUCGGCCUCAGCAUUUGCCUCCAAUCAAUUGGCAACUUUAAAAUUGGCUGACAAUCGUUUGGUAUCAAUUGACGAGUACGCAUUUCAAGGAUUGGAACCACACUUGAAACAUUUAAACCUCAAAGGAACCAGUUUAACCGUUAUUCCUAAUGCUAUUGCUAACCUGACCGCUUUAGCUUUCCUUGAUUUAGCUCAAAAUCGUCUAGAAUCACUUGGACCCAAGCAAUUUGAAAAUCUUCAAACGCUAACAGCUUUAAGCUUGGAACGUAAUAAGAUAACUUCAAUUGAUGAGGAAGCCUUUUUAGGAGUUAAUGAUUCGCUAAGUUCACUCAGUUUACUUAACAAUCUGAUAAAAAGUUUUCCUUCUCAAGCCAUUUCAUCUCUCACCGAGCUCAGAGUUUUGGACCUUGGAUUCAACAUAAUUGAAUCUAUUCCGGAAGAUGGUUUCCACAAAAACACGCUUUUAACGCUUCUUGCACUUGAUGGCAAUCCAAUGUCAACAUUGCCUUUUCAACCCUUUAAACAUCUUAACUCAACCUUGCGUGGACUCAGUCUUGGAGGCAAAAGUUUAGUUUGUGAUUGUCGACUUCGUUGGAUUUUACAAUGGAUUCGCAGUUAUGAUCUUCAAGUUACAUCUAGGGAACGACAUCCACAAUUUUGCGGUGAACCUGGUAAAUUAAGGAAUCGUAAUUUCCUUCAAUUGACUGAUUCAGAUUUAAAUUGUGUAAAUGAACCGACUGAGCUUCCUUCAGUCUCAUCUUCCACUUCAGAAGUGUCAACAGUGAAUGUACCAUCAUCUUCAUCUUCACCAUCAUCGCCAUCAUCAUCAACCAUAACCACUACAACUACAACCUCAAGUGGUAAUAUCCUUACAUCAACACCUUUGGCUCAUAUAAAUUCAGGCUUAUCUAAAUCAUCUCGACGUUUACCUGCAGAUUGGCCUGAUAAUGAAAAUGAUGAAAAUGGUGGUAAUUAUUUACCUUCAGGAGUAGAUUUAAACACUCCGAUAAACAGCAACAGUUUGUUAACUCUAUCAAGUGCCUCAUCACAGACAACAUCAAUUGCAUCCAAUUCACUUUCAGUGAAACCUUUAUCAUCUUCACAUUUACAUCCAAAUGAAACGGAAACACCGGACAUUAAACUUUUGGCCGCAUACCGAAGAGAAUCAUCUAUAAUCCUUGAAUGGGACACUUUAUUGGAAGAUGGUUAUUCCAGUGGUUUUCAAAUUCUUUACCGCUUUUUUGGUUCAAAAGAGUACAAGAAAGGAGCCAAAUUGGGUAAAACGGCUCGUCGCUAUGUUUUACCUCAUGUACCUUCUGGUGAAUGUAUAAUUGUUUGCAUUGUUCCCGUUGAAAUGUAUCGAUCCCAGGGAAUCCAUGAUAUUCCAUCAACUCUGUGCCAAGAGAUUCGCCGUGAUCGAACCAAAAUGGCUGAUCUAGACAAACUAGUGAUUGGUGCCACUGCAGCUAUUUGUGCCUUUGUUGUACUCGCAGUCAUCCUUUUUACCUGCUGCUAUGGUAAAGACAAGAAAAAAUCUUUACCUUCCCUUCCACCUCCACUUGCUGGACCCAUGAAACCCGAUAAUGAAUGGGAAACUGUCUCCAUGUAUUCAGCUCGUUCAAUCCCUCGGGCUCGCAUGUACCAUCUCGAUGGUUCAUCAGCUGUGCAUCAUCAUCCAUUGAAUGGUUCACUCCAUAAUAUACCACUUCAUGAUGACAAUAGAUCACACAUUUCAAACUAUUCAUUGGUUCCAAAUGGUUACUCAAUGAAUGGUGCCCAUAAAGGCAACGGAGGUGCUCCUCGACCAACCGCUGACGGACAAUCUCACCGAUCAUAUUCAACAUCGUCUGCUGUUGGACGCUUUGGCAAUGCCACUUUACCUCAUACAGAUUUAUCUAAAUCAUCAUUAGCUGUCCAUCCAGGAACCACUGCGGUCGCCUAUCACAAUGGGACUGGUGGUGAUGCUAGAGGUAAUGGUAAUGCCCAUCAUCAUUUAUCUUCGUCCAGUAAAAAGAAAAGUAAAAGCUGUAAUCGACUUAAUUCAACUUCUUCAAUUCACUCUUUAACAGAAUAUGAUUCUGAUCAAUGGGCAAAUGGACCAAUGAUGGGAAAAUUAGCAAAUGGUCAUCAUGGUACCAAUGGAUGGAAAGAUAAUCAAGUUGAUGUUUAUGUUGGUAAAAAUCAAUUGCUGGCCAAUCCUCUUAAUGGCAAAUAUAGAUGAACAAUAAAUCUUGAACGGCUCAAAAGGAUUGACUUUUUUAAACAAAUUUCUGUAUACUUUAUAAAAUACUGUAA